CUCUUUUUAAGUUUUAAGAUAUAUUUCCCAUGUCAUUACCAUUUUAAAAUGGCUUUCAAUCUUUGCUUCAAAAUUUUUCUUGUUCUUUUUUCCAUUCUCAAUCUGUAUGCUCGUAUAGCAACGUCCCGUGACUUACAAGAACUAUCCAUGCUUGAAAGGCAUGAAAAAUGGAUGGCUCGUCAUGGACGUGUAUACAAAGAUGAGAUAGAAAAGGAACAUCGCUUCAAAACGUUUAAGGAAAACGUUGAGUUCAUCGAAUCGUUCAACCAGAAUGGAACUCAACGUUAUAAGCUGGCCAUCAAUAAGUAUACUGAUCUCACCAGUGAGGAAUUUUUGGCAUCAUUUACGGGGCUUGACACUUCAUUAUCCCAGCAAGAAUCAACAGCAGCAACAACGUCCUUUAAAUAUGGUAGCGUGACUGAAGUUCCACUUAGCAUGGACUGGAGAAAGAGUGGCAGUGUCACAGAAAUCAAGUAUCAAGGUCUAUGUGGAUCUUGUUGGGCAUUUUCUGCUGUCGCGGCUAUAGAAGGAGCAUAUCAGAUAGCAAACAAUGAACUGAUCUCACUUUCAGAGCAACAGCUAUUGGAUUGCAACACCGAGAAUAGGGGUUGUGAAGGUGGACUAAUGACUCGAGCCUACGAAUACUUACUACAAAACGGCGGUGGCAUCACCACGGAGACUAAUUAUCCUUACCAACAAGCUAAAAGUAUUUGCAGCACUCAACAAUUAUCCCCAACUGCAGCAGUAACAAUCAGUGGCUAUGAAGUAGUACCAGCAGGCGAAUCGUCAUUGUUGCAAGCUGCAGCUAAUCAACCAAUAUCUGUUGGUAUUGCUGCUAACCAGGAAUUUUAUUUGUACGGAAGUGGGAUAUAUGAUGGAAGUUGCUACCGUAAGCUGAACCAUGCAGUCACAGUGAUAGGUUAUGGGACAAGUGAAGAUGGUACAAAAUAUUGGCUAGUGAAGAAUUCAUGGGGGACUAGUUGGGGCGAGGAAGGGUAUAUGAGAAUUGCUAGAGAUAUUGGAGUUGAUGGUGGCCAUUGUGGCAUUGCCAGUAUGGCUUCUUUCCCAACUGUUUGAAUUGUUUUACAAAAGGCAGGCAUUGUUAUUAAUAUUAUGUUGAAGAUUACGAAGUCUAUAACUAGUAAUUCGUGAUACCAGAAUAAAUUAAUUAGCCCAAGAUAGUUUAUCAAUCAGGCCAAAUCCUUCUCCCUAAAAAUUCCGGAUGAUGCGUUGGGAUGAAAGAAAGUUCUUCGGUGCUCCUCCGGAACGAACAGUAAAGGCAGAUGAAGGUAUUGGCUCUUACUAUCAAUCGGAUGGAGAGAACCGCGGCGCUUUACCUUACGAAUAUCUAAAGGCGAAGAUCUCUUUUCGACGAGCAAGUUUACAUACCUAGGUCCUAAGUUUCUCAUUACUCGGUGAAGUCUUGACCAACACCACCGACGUGGACGAGCAGCUUGCUGCGAUGGCGCAAACCAUUGAUUCCUUGAAAAAGUCCGCCAUAGUCAAAGGCCACCUCGAAGCAAUCGAAUUUUCUCCUUCCGCUCACUCACUGGACGAGCCUUUCUAUUUGUACCAGUUGAGUACGUCUGCCCAAGACCCAGACAAAAAGCUUUGUACCUUACCACGGAAACUCCGCUAUCAAUGUUUUUUUUUUUGUUUUGUUUUUUUAUUAUAGCGUCAAAUACUGCUUGUUACUUAUACCAUAUGUAUCCACAGCAAAUUGUUUUUUCUAAUUAUACCAUUGACGACAUUGCCAAGU